AUGGACCUUUUUCAACGAUUCGAUAGGCGCGCUGAGGGCUUCAAUCUGCAAAUUCUGGGUAUCCUGGAGAAGCAUAGUGGUGGCAUACUGGAUCUCCGUUCCACUCUGGAUCUACUUCGUGCGAAUGAGCUGACUGUGAGCGCUAUCAUAUGUCCGUCCGAGCUGCAGACUCUGUUGGAAGGGACUAAAUUAGUUGUAGGAACUAAGGCCCUUAGUUCCUACAAGAACGUCAUCAAAAGUCUGUGCUAA